CAGGGAAUAAUGACAAAUGUUGGAAAGCUGUUUCCUACUCACUCUAGAAUCUGAAAAUAUGGUUACCACUUUUAUUUGAUCAUUUUAAAUACAAAUUGACAAAAUUUGAAAGACGUUUUAACUACAGUACUUCCUUUGGAUAGCUUGCUAAUGUUAUGCUACUUGUAGCUUUAAAGCCUAGCUUUAUUCUGAAUAACUUCGAGGCCCGGUGCCAUUUUAACGGCUAACAUGAAUAUAUUUCAUAAUUUAGUGUGUCCUUCGACAUGUACAGUUGGUGGCUGCAUCUAACUGGGUCUGCUGCUCAUUUUCAUGUGAUUGCAGCGUUGUCCCAGAUGGUGUCACCUUUGAGCUUCGUGGUAAAUUUACUCAGCUCUCCUCAGGGGAGAAAUUAUCUCCAUCCAUCCUCUGGACGAGGAAACAAUUUAAACUGUGAACAGCAGCAACUUCUGUGCUGUGGAUUCGUGUGUUUCGAACAGUUUCUCCAACAUCCUAGUUUGAGUUAUCACGAGACUUCAGCUGCACAGGUGCGAGGUUUGGAGCUCCGGCCCAUGCUGCCUUCACGGACUGUUGGCGAUCUCGUAAUUCUCGCUGCUGCCACCGCUGCUGUAGCGGAUCAGUCUGGGGCUCGUGUCCGGCACUAACCCCCCACCCCCUCCGUACCUGGGACCACCACAAACAGUACCAGCCUGCAGGAGCACGCACAGGACACCGGGAGACAUAAAUGGUGGAGGCCGUGGUGGAAUUUGACUAUGAGGCUCAGCAGGACGAUGAGUUGAGCCUGACGGUGGGUGACAUCAUCGUGAACAUACGGCGGGACGACGGAGGAUGGUGGGAGGGGGAGCUGGGCGGCCGCAGGGGGCUGUUCCCGGAUAACUUUGUCAGGGAGAUAAAGAAGGAAAGUAAGAGGGACGGAGGACAGAGCAGCAUGAUCAAAUCUGACCUGGCAAACGGCCGGGCCAGUCCCGUGUCUGACUCCAGCUCACGGCCUGGAAAGAAAGCUGAGCAGAUCCGUAAGCGUCGCUGUAAAGCUGCUUUCAGCUACGUUCCUCAGCAUGAAGAUGAACUGGAGUUGAAAAUCGGAGACAUCAUCGAGGUCAUAGCUGAGGUGGAAGAAGGCUGGUGGGAGGGCUUUCUUAAUGGAAAGACUGGAAUGUUCCCCUCUAAUUUCACCAAAGAGAUCGUGACAGAGUCCGACUCCGCCGCUACAGACUCGUCCACCUCACAGGAGGAUCUACGCAGCGGCCGCACCAGUAAGGACAGUCCAGGCAGCGAGAGUGACGGAGGAGACAGUCGCUCAGAGACUGGAUCAGGGGAAAUCCAGCCGAAGAAGGUUCGAGGUUUUGGCUUCGGUGACAUCUUUAAAGACCAGUCCAUCAAGCUCAGACCACGGUCCAUGGAUGUGGACUCAGAAGUGGACAAGGCCAGUGAGGGGAAAGCAGCCAGUGUCGCAUCUGAAACCAUGAAGACCGAGCCAGACAGCAAAACCAAAGGACGAGAGCAGUGUAAAGUCCUCUUCCCCUACGAAGCACAAAACGAGGACGAGCUGUCGAUCAAAGAGGGUGAAAUCAUCUCCAUCGUUACGAAGGACUGUGCUGAUGCCGGCUGGUGGAUGGGUGAGAUCGGGGGAAGGCAGGGUGUCUUUCCAGACAACUUUGUGAAGCUGCUGGAAGCCGAGAAGGAGAGACCAAAGAAGCCGCCUCCACCCAGCGCACCGUCGGCAAAACACAUCACAGAGAAAAGGCCAGAUGUCAAGAAGGUUCCUCCAGAACGCCCUGAACAUCUACCACACAGAGACCAGGACCGAGGUGAAGAGGUGAAGGUCGCCGACAUCCCAAAGCCCUCCCUUCCAUCUCACCUUCCCAAGAAACCCCUCCCCCCAAAGACUAGCUCCUCCUCCUCCUCAUCCUCCCAGCCCACGCGACGCCCUGAGAGACCACCCCCUCUUGCGUGUGAAAGUCCCAAAUCUGAGGGCAGAGCUUCGACACCAGACUCUGCCCCUGACCGGUCACAUGACACCGACAUGGACCUGGACGCUGUAGUUUCCUCCACUGAGAAGCUGAGCCACCCCACAGUGUCACGGCCACGAGUCACAGACCGCAGGCCUCGCUCGCAGAUCGUCGCCUCUUCUUCUCUGUCCAGCGUGGACCAGGAUGCACCUCCAGCAGAGGAGAAAAAGGAGAAGGAGAGAGGAAAGGAGGAGCAGGAGGCUGCUCCCCUGAAGAAAGGACCUGUGACCAUUUCAAUUUCCGAUGCUAAAGCACCACUGCCUGCCAAGCCUUCUGUCCUGGCCCCACCAGUCUCUGCCCACCGGCCCAUCUCCCCUUCAUCCACCCCUGGACUGAGUCCCUCACCCGAGCGACGAUAUUCGCCUGUGACCUCACCAACGGUGGAAGAGCUCAGGAAUCAGCUAAGAGAACUGAGAACUUCCGUAGAACGGCUAAAGACUCAGCAUAAGCAGGAAAUGAAGCAGUUAGCCAGUGCCCUGGAUGAAGAGAAGAAGCUUCGUAUAAGUUUACAAUUGGAAGUGGAGCACAUAAAGAAGAACCUGAUGAAAUAAAGACUGAAGCUUCCACACUCUAAUCACUCAGACACUGUCGCCAACACGAAGUGUGUGCCAAAACAUCAACAACCAAGAAAUCAGCAUCACAGAGUCAGACGCCGUCACUUCCAGCACCGCCUUAUCCUCUGUUUACAUCUCUCUUUUUUUGUGUGCGUGAAAAAGGCCCCUCUCCUCAGUUUGCGCUCAUCUCAACGGAGCUUGCUGUGCCACCGGUACUGUUAUGACCACAGCUCGUCACUGGGAGUCGCCACUGAGACCUCACUGGUACUUUUUUGUUUCUAAUCAUGAAGGAACAUUGGGACUCAACCUCAAGUUCCUUCGGUUGAUCCAGAAAACUACUUUUCUCUGUCCAACUCUGUGGCCUCUGCAUCGCGUUUUUUGUUUGUUUUUCACCCGCGUAUGAACCACCGGUUUGGACCUGCACAAUGAGGCCGUCUGGACCAGUACUGACUCCACCAGACUGGGCCGAGGUAACAGACUACAGCCCAAACUUUAAGGCACAUCAUUAACAAAAUUGAAGUUGGGGUCUUUAACUCUGUAGCCUGGUUGGUUCAGAAAACCUCAGUGCUGUGUCCACUCUGUGGCCUCUGCCUCUAUAAAACAUGUGUGUGUGUGUGUGUGUGUGUGUGUUUGUCCAGCCCUGUGAGGACUGUUGUGAGGAUCGAUUUCUACUUACAGUUUAUGAUAUAGAGUUGUUGCCCAGAGUGAUGAGUCACACCGUUGUCCGCCACUAGAUGUCUGAUGUUUCUGUUGUACACCGCAGGCAGGUGAAAUGGAAGCAUCUUCUCUUAGCUCUGUUCUGAUGGUCUUAUUUCUUUGCACUGCCGGCAUCUAGAAUGAAUAAAUCUGUAAUAAGUUAACAACGAAAACAUUUCAUUCUAUUUUAAAAAGUACAAGAACUAAAUCAAUCAUAUUCAUACUUGAAUUUAUGGUUUUUAGUAUAAAGCAGGUGAGACAUUUUGAGGUCACUGCUGUGCUGAUCAAAUCUCUCCCCAAAACUCCAAACAAAACGUUUUCACAGACCACUGUUCUCUGCGAUGUUCUAAACUUGGAAAGAUGGUUUUGUUUUUGGUCCUCACAGGUGAAGGAUGAUGUUGGUGCACGUAUGGCAAUGUGUGCAAGUUAUAGUUUGUUUGUUUUUUGCCUCCUUUCAUACACAUCUGUGCACAAAGUUAAUGGCAACCCAUCACUGUGGCCUUCCCGCUUGACUCUUUUAAAAAAUCUUUUUUUUCUUUUCUGACAUAUGACAACGAGAAACCUGCUACAACUGAGGCUACAAGUUGUCUUCUUGACUUUGUCCUGUCUCACCAGGAUAGUGAUAAUUAUAUAUAUAAAUAUAUAUAUACUUUUAUAUUUCAGUGUAAUAAAGAUGCUAUUAUCUACUGUA